CAGAGAGAGAGAGAGAGAGAGAGAGAGUAGUACAGAUGACGAGAGGAGUUUCACGGCGAAGAAGCAUCGCAGACGCUGCCAAAUUCAGAUAAUGCAAUACAUAUACAUACGGAGAGAGUAGAUUAGGUCAGAUUGAUGGAUAGAUAGACAGGUGAAACACACAGUAAUCGAAAGUCCAUUUGGAUUUUUGUCGUUCAUUUUUAUUAUUUAUUUUCUGGUGUGGGGGCACAAAGUUAAUCCUCCUUCCUUCUCUUGUGCUGCAUUUUGGGGAUUUUUGAUAAUGUCGCAGAAGAGGCAGCAAGAGGAUGGAAAGUCUCAAUCACAAGGGAAUUCUUCAGAGGAUAAGAGGCGAAAAUUGAAGAAUGUGGUUCAAGAUGUUAUGUGGAUGCAGUCACUUCAGCGUCAUCUAGAGCCAUUGAUUCGUAAAGUGGUCAAGGAAGAAGUUGAGACUGCUCUUAAAAAGCAUCUAUCCAGCAUUAAACAGGAGAGCAGGAAAGAGAUGAGUACAACUGAAUCUAGAAGCGUGCAAUUGCACUUUCUAAAUAAUCUCUCACUUCCAGUAUUCACUGGGGCUCGAAUUGAAGGAGAAGAUUGUUCUGCUAUCAAAGUUGCUCUUGUUGAUGCUAAUACUGAGAAAAUUGUAAGCACCGGUCCUGAAUCGUCUGCCAAGGUGGAAAUAGUAGUCCUCGAGGGUGACUUUGAUGGUGAUGACAGCAACAUCUGGACACGUGAAGAGUUCACAAGUAAUAUUGCUAGAGAGAGGGAGGGGAAAAAACCCCUUCUCACCGGAGAUGCAUUUCUGAUUCUUAAGGAAGGCAUUGGUUUCAUUGGCGAGAUCUCAUUUACAGACAAUUCAAGCUGGACAAGGAGUCGGAGAUUCAGGCUUGGGGCUAGAGUUGUGGAUAACUUUGACGGAACUAUAGUUAGAGAGGCAACGACGGAAUCCUUCAUUGUCAGAGAUCAUCGCGGAGAAUUGUACAAGAAGCACCACCCCCCAUCUUUGUUCGAUGAAGUAUGGAGAUUAGAAAGGAUCGGAAAAGAUGGAGCUUUCCAUAGGCGUCUGAAUCACGAGAAUAUCAAGACCGUGAAAGAUUUCCUGACCAUGCUUGUUAUAGACACUCCAAGGCUCCGGCAUAUCCUUGGCACUGGAAUGUCUGCUAAAAUGUGGGAAGUUACUGUUGAGCAUGCCCGAACAUGUGUCCUUGAUAAGAAAAUGUAUAUGUAUAGCCCUCCUCUUUCUCCACAGAAAACUGGCGUGGUCUUCAACAUUGUGGGUCAGGUGCUGGGGUUACUCUCAGAGUUCCAGUAUAUUCCUACAGAACAGCUGUCUGAAACUGAAAUGGUUGAUGCUCAUAACUUGGUAAUUGCUGCAUUUGAACACUGGGGGGGAGUUGCCUCUUUUGAUGAUGAAUCCGCUCUAACAGGGGGCAUUUCGCAGUUGUCUAAUGUUCUUCUCAGCUCAGGCUCACCCACAACAGAGAAUUAUAAUACAAGCACGAUUUGGGCCUCUCAUAAGAUGGGUGGAUUUGAUUAUGCUCAACCAGAUCCCUCUUCUCCAGAUAUCAUGCCGUCAGCAUAUACUGUUGGGAAUGCAAGUGGCUUGGAUGAUUAUACCUUGCAUCGUAUCCAAAAUAUUGAUCUUAAAUAUGAUGAGACUUUGAGUUUUGCUGGCCAACUUCCCAACUCCCUCAUCUGUGACAUAGAAUCUCUAAAUCAAGCUUUCUGCGAUGAUGACCAUCUGCAGUUUUUCGAUACUGAUCUACAGUCUCAGAAUGCCAGUUUGGAAUCAGAAGCUGAUUUACAAAGUGCACUCGAUAGCUUCCUCUUGGCACGUGCUAUUGGUAAAGCUCAAACGAGAUGGACUAAAAUCUCAAGUGUAUUGAAGUGGUUCUCAAUAAGGAAACUUGUGGCGUUAAAACGGAGCCGUGUCCGAGAAACUCCAAUUUCUCCAAGGUGAUGUGGGUCGUAAAAAGCUAAAAAUAAUUGGUGUGGAAAUAUAUCACCAAUGUGCACUGUCCGGUUAAAAUUUUUGUGCAGUUGAGUGAGACUGGUCAGGGCUUCAUUAGAUGUAGAUAUAGCUGGUUCAUAAAUUUUGACUCUGCUGGCAGCAGACGAGGCAAUUCACAAAGUUAUACUCUUCUGGGCUGUAGUUGCUUAGCUCGAAUCCAGGCACACAGGCACCUGAAGUUGGUGUGCUUGAAAUUCUGAAGCUUCCAAGUUAUUUUUCGGUCACUGUAGCCUUCUAGUAGGAGUAUUAUUCUGUAUGGUUGCUUCAUUUGAAUUUGUCUGUCCUGUCAUUGAUUUGUAUAUAGUUGGUAUAAGUUGCUUAUCUGCCUGAGUUAGGCUUUAGAUAAUGUGGAUAAUCUUUUGGCAACACAUUUGUAUCAUAUAAUCUCAUACAACAACAACGGAUAGUUGAGAGAAAUGGUGAACUUGACCCCUGCAACUCUUAGAAUAAGUGGGAGAUGAUAAGUUCAAGUCUCAGUGGCCGUAGAUGUUUUCAUUAUUGCGAGAUGUUGCUUAGUCCAGCAUGUGAAUGUCACCCUGUGUUAUCUUUC